AGAGUCCUUCGUUCACAGAAGAAAAAGGUCAAUCGAUAUCAACAAGACCCUUAUAUCAACACACUUGCAAGAUCUCAAAGUAAUCUCGAAACAACACCAGCCAAGAUGAAGUCGGCUCUUAUUCUCGGCCUUGCGACACUUGCUGUCGCAGCUCCUGGUUUUGGAGGACAUGGUGGCGGAUACUCGUAUGGUGGAAGUGAGAGCGGUUCCAGCGGUAGCGGCUGGGGAGACUGGUCUAGUGAAAAUGGUCAGUCGACUUCUUCAACGACAACAACUCUUGCCCCCACCACAACCACAACGAAGACGACAUCUACCACUAGCUCCACCACAACCACAACCACCACUUCCAAAUCCGUUGCCCCAAUUUCUGUUACUACUACCACAACAACGACGCCCUCUGAAACCAAAUGGCUUGAUUGGACUUCUACGACGACUACUACCACAACGACUAACAGUGUUGCUCCAGCUGCCGUCACGACAUCGGCCACUACUACCGAAGCAUGGGUAGAAUGGACCACGACUACAACGACUACGACUUCCAAGUCUGUCGCACCAAUCUCCGUCACAACCACUACCACAACGACAACUCCAUCCGAGACCAAAUGGCUUGACUGGACAUCUACAACUACCAGCACGACCACUACUUCCAAGUCCGUAGCCCCAAUUUCAGUCACCACCAGCACAACGACCUCGGAGGAAUGGAGCGAGUGGACCACAACAUCCACCACCACCACUACUUCCGCAUCCGUGGCCCCCAUCUCCGCCACCACCUCCGGCACAACGACCACCGAGGCGUGGGGAGACUGGAACACGACAACAACCUCUGCUUCUGUCGCUCCUGCGGAGACUUCAACCACGGCUUGGGAAGAGUGGACUACCUCCACCACCUCUUCCUCUUCCGUGGCAGCUGUCACCACGGCUUCUUCGUCAGUCGCAGCCACCACCGCUAGCUCGACAACCACUAGCUCAUCGUCGACAUCCGCUGCUGCCGUUAGCACUUUCACUGGUGCCGCUGCAAGCUUGCCUACAGGAGCAUACAAGGUUGCUGGUGCUGCAGCUGCCAUUGUGGUAGCUGCCAUGCUCUAAGCGCAUCAUCUUCCAAUUCGGCUGUUUGCCCAUCUUUGGGGAAAUCAUAACGCAAAGUCCACACAAAACUGUGCAAAUGCAUGUCUUUGGGCGCACAUUCGGGUUCUUUGUACUUUUUCGACAACGACUUUUCGAUAAACUAAUGACUACGACACGAUACAAUCUUUUACGACAACUCUCAU